CGCAUGCGCACGGCGGUAAUGGUUCCGUUACCUAUGAGAAGCUUCAAAGCAUCAGUUUAGCCACAACAUGUCGGAAAAAGGAGAAGUCGACUUAACUGGUGCCAAGCAGAACACGGGUGUAUGGCUGGUCAAAGUGCCCAAAUACCUCUCUCAGCAAUGGGCGAAAGCAACUGGCAGGGGCGAGGUCGGGAAACUCAGAAUUUGCAAGAACCAAGGCAAAGCAGAGGUUUCUUUCACUUUGAAUGAGGAGCUGACAGCGAUCGACGGUAUGGCAGAUAAAAAGGUGCAGGCGCCUCGCGAGCACCCGUUCACUAUGCAGACAGUGGGAGGUCAGACGUUGGCGGUCUUCACCGAGACUUCAUCAGAACAGCCUAGGGGCCAGUCAGAAGAGAGAUCUGAUGGCAGCAGCUCAGGUUCGGGGGCGGGGGCAGGUCCAGAUAAAAUAGCCUUGGAAGGAGUGGUGGUGCAGAGAGCAGAAUGCCGACCCGCCGUUAGUGAGAGCUACAUGAAACUGAAGAGGAUACAAAUUGAAGAGUCCUCUAAGCCGGUCAGGCUGUCUCAGCAGUUGGAAAAGGCUGUCACCAACAACUACAAACCCGUGGCCAACCAUGCAUACAAUCUCGAGUAUGAGAGGAAAAAGAAGGAGGAGGGCAAGAGAGCAAGAGCUGACAAACAGCAGGUGUUGGACAUGCUGUUUUCUGCUUUUGAGAAGCACCAGUACUACAAUAUCAAAGACCUGGUGGAUAUCACCAAACAGCCUGUGAUCUACUUGAAGGAAAUCCUGCGUGACAUAGGCAUCUACAAUGUGAAGGGGACUCACAAGAACACCUGGGAACUCAAGCCGGAGUACAGACAUUACCAAGGCGAGGAGAAGACUGAUGAUUAGCUUUGCCCAACCAGCCACCUCCUCAUCAUUUGGGACUCUCAGACUUGGCCGUGGCGUGAUUUUAGGAGUUCCCUGCUGAUUUUCUUGCAUCAGGUCUCAAAACAGAUUGGAAGGUGGUGUCAAGCUAAGACCGUUUUAAAGGGAAAGGUUAUACUAUACCACCACCAGUUAUUUUGCAAGAGGAAUGAGGAGGGGAUGCAGGGAACAACUCGAGAUUUUCGUCUUAAUGGUGUACUAUCUUGAUUUUGUCAGUUCUGAUACCCCCUCCCCUAGAACUAAAAACCCUUGAAUUAGUUCUAAUUAAGAGAGGCGCAGAGCAUAUAGUUUUAGGAGGUAAAGGUUGAGUGUAUGAGUGGUUUGAGCACAAACCUGAUAGAGACAACUGUGGCUACUUGAUAUAACAUUCAUACACAUGCAGCAGCCCACUGCCUGCCAAGACAGACUUAUUUCAGAGAGGAAUGAAACAGCCAAGCUUCUACAGAGUAACAUACUACAGAAAACAAUAUGUUGUGGGCUGUGAUUUAGAACAAAGUUUCAUUUACAAAGUCCAGAAUUAAAAUGCUGUGUCAUACAAAUCUGAUGACUAUGCUGCUGUUACACCUGGCAGAAAUUGAGAGGUAUGUGGACAUUUUGUCAUUUUAAUAUUUUGUUUGGUUUAUUGUCUGUAUAUUUGGAGAUGAGGUGGAGUGUUUUUUUGUGUCAACCUAACAGGCUUCUGCACCGUGACUGAGGGAUGGAGGGGUUUAGUGUCCGCUUUUAUUGACAGAUUCUCCAUUCAGAGGCCAGCAGUAACUUUACCACUGCUGAUCUAUAAUGUAGUUUCUAUUGUAGGUCAGUGGUGAUAAUCCGAACAGUAGACUGUCUUCAUGUUUUUGUUAAAUUUCAUUGUACUAAUGCAAUAAAACUGUUUUAAUACAACAACCCCACUCUUGGAUUUUUUUU